AUGAAGACUCAAAGACCACUCCCACAAAACUCAGACCUACUAGUCUUCGAAUCAUCAACCCCCAAAAACAUCUCAGAAAGCCCAAAGAAUGCGUCUCCUACGCACCCAUCCCCUCCUUCAAACCCGCCUCCCUCUCCCCUCACGCCGCCCACCCCCCGCUCUAGCCGCCAGCACCGGAAUUUCACCACCUCCGCCUCGAUCCUCAACCCGAACGACGCAGACAAAAAAUCCUCCCUCAUGGACCGCGAUUCCAUCAACACCGAAUCCAACGAAUACAGCAAGACCGGCAGCGACGACAGCGCCGCGGGCCACGAAGACCCGGCUUUCCAACCGGGCAACAACGAUCCAGAGUCUCAGCUGGAAGAUAGUGGGCCCGGGGACGGCCGGGACCCGUUGAAGGUGAGCCCGGCGAAUCAUGAGGUUAGUCAGCCGAAGAUGGAUACGGAGAGAGGGGCGCAGAAGGGACCGGAGAGGACGGAGACGAGCGGUAAAGGGAGUGGGCCCAAGGGUGGGAAGGUUGGCUGA